UCCGAAGAAACGACACAUGUUUUCCAAAUACCUGUUUCUUUGAUAAAAAAUAGCUUUUCGUGCGUACGAUAUGUUCUUAGCGUAACAAACUCUUGACAAUGUCCACAGUACUUUCUUUUUUCACUCAUGGGAUCAAAUAUUGAUUCGAAGCUUAAAAUAUAUCGAUAUCGAAUAAAGCUAAUACCCGUCCGCCCGCAAGCAUAAUGAUAAUCAAAAUUUGAGAUUUAAUGUUCAUAUGACUUUCACGUGUCAUUCACGUCGCAACUCCCUGACCGACCAAAGUUCAUGAUUUGGGAGCAAGGAUAUCGGAUUUGAAAUUUUGGCGCUAACUUGCCAUGAAUUAUUCAACGACACACGUACAUUGUGUAAAGUACAUUGAAUUUUACGCGAUUUAUUUACAUCGAAAACGUAUUUUGUGCUAUGGGGCGACUACCACCAAACCGGCGGAAUCGCGUACAUUUGUAUGGAAAGAAACUUGCAGAGAAAAGUAAUAAGAACACAGCGUCUAGUUCAUCGAGAUCAGCGAGGACAUCAUGUUCGCCUAGCCCUACAACGACAGACUCGAAUAUUUCGGAGGAAAAUGUCAGUCAGGACACAAGGCGCUUUUCUGACAUGAUCCCAAACGCACCAACAACUCCUCAGAUACCUAUGCCUCCCGAAGACAACUCCAUAAGUCCUGAUCUUGGACUUGAAACGACAACGAUUCCAACGACGGUAUCCAGCGUUCGCAACACCGUGCGCAUAGAAAGUACUCCAAGUUUGAGUAGUUCUGGCAAUAGUUUUACAAGGCGAAAUCUAUUGCCAGAAAUUGAUGAAGAACUGCUAGGAACGACAACGGGCUCUUCAAGGCCAAGGGAAGAUGAGAUUUUAAGACAAAUGAGGAUAUUUAUGGAGCAGCAAAGCACCUUCAACCAGAGACUGUUGAAGUCAAUUGAGGAAAAAGGCUCGGAAGGGGGAUUAAAACCUGAAAAAAGAAGAACAAGAUUGCCCUUAGAAUUAACGGCUUGUGUUCGUGAUGUUGUAAGAAACAUUGCUGAUGAUGAUGGAAAUUCACUAUCCUGGGAUUUAUCUAAAAGUUUUGGAGCAGUAGAAAAUCAAAAUGUUAACCGUCUAAUCAUGGCCUCAAUUAAAAGUGUCAAUGAUGCACCAAGUCAAGUUAUUAGAGCGGCAAUGCAUUGUUAUUUCAAAACAAGAAAACGUGCCGAGAAGACCAAGGAGCAAAACCUGAGUGAUCAGUAUCUCAAAAAGCAAAGAAAUAGAAGUAGAAUCAAUACAAAACGAAAGCUACGCAAGAGUACUUUGCAGAUGUCAACAUCGAUAUCGGAAAAAGAAAAAUAUGAAAAAAUAAUGACCAACGACUACAUGUCAUCAGAAUACUCGGUAUCCGAAGAUGAGGCAUCUGAACGAGAGGAUGCGUCCUCUGGUGAUAGCUCUUCGGAUACCGAACAUCAAUCAAAGGCAAGGAAAUUCUCCAUACAGCGAUUACCAUGGAGAAGUGAUGAGGCCAACAAACUAAUGGUGACGUUGGACAAAAAAAUUGGCAAGAAGAGAGGCAGAAAAGGGGUGUGCAUGACCUAUGAGAGGGUGAAGGGAAACAAUUCAACCCGUCUUGCGCCUUUGGAUGCCCCAGAGUGGGCAAUCAAACAAUGAAAUUUUUUUUGAAACAUUAUUUCUCGUAUUUUUCUUCUUUUUUGUACAUAAUCAUAGGUGAAUUAUUGACCACACGUUUUUAAUCUUUAAUCGAUUUGGUUUUGUGUUAGUUGAAUUGUAAGCUUAAUUGUAGUUUGUAAACAUUACUCUUAAAUGUGCAACAAACACUUUCUUUCAUUAUAGAAAUAAAUAUUGAUACAUUACAGUAUUAGCUAUAGUAGUUGUGAUCAUGAUUAUUGAAACUAGGAAAUUGCAUGUCAAAUUUCUGACCGCAUUUUUUCCAUAUAAGCAAAUGCAGUAUGUACAUGAUCUUUGCUUUAUUUUAACCAUGUGUAGAAAUGUUGUAUUUACGAAAUAUUUCACCACACGUAUUUGCAAGGAAAGCAAAACGUGAGCAAAUUAUUUGUUCACCUCGGUGGCAAUUUAAGACAAAUAUACAAUAGCAAACGUCGUGUUUGAUAAUAUUCAAAAUAUGAUGCCAAUGGCAAGUAAAUAUAGCAUUUAUGUAUAUUUUCAAGCAAAACAAAUAAAACGCAAAAUUCGUAUAAAACUCGGGAGUAAAUCCAACUAAAUGGGAUAUUUAACGACGUUUACGUUAUAUUUACUUCAUGUGCAAUAUUGUAUUUCUUUAUAUUUACGCUAUUUAUGUAAGUAUAGUAUUUACUAUCCAAUUUGCUACUGAGAAAAUAUGUUGCAAAUGUACAUCUUUAUUUCAUCUUUUCGGUCUUCGCAAAAACAAACUUCCCCCUUAUUUACUUAGUGUGAAAUAUGGUGAAAAUACCAAAUUUGAUUUUUAACAAAAUAUGAGCAAACGUUGUUGAUUACGAUUUUUACAAAGGUUUACGCUAUUUUUACUUUAUGUGCUAAUGUUGUAUUUGACAAUAUUUAAUAUGGCUGUAAAUGUCAUUUUUACUGCGUUAUUUGCUUUGGAGAAAAUAAGUAGUGAAUAUGAAUGUUUCAUAAAACUUUACACUAGGUGUAAACAAUACGAUAAAAACGGUCUUCCGCGUGUUUACGUGGUGUGUAAAUAUGCGGAAAAAACAGAAUUUGAUUGUGCACAAAUAUGUCCAAACAUUGCUGAAUAUGAUAUUUACGUCGUGUUUGCUUUA